AUGGCUCAAUCAGAAAGCGGCAGACUAAGCGAUCUCUCCUACGACGACAGUUGCGAUUCAGGCUUCGAAUAUUCUUUCAAAUCCGAAUCCUCCGACAUCACGGAUGACAGAAGCGACUACUUCGAUCUGGAUAACGAUUUAUCCCGAAUCAAAAGAAAACAAUCGGAUUAUUUCGAUCACAAACUUUUCGACCAUUUCAACGCCGCUUUCCACACUAGUUUAGAAGAAAGAAUAAAACCACCGAUCAUCUACGAACCAUGGCAAAAUACCGGUAAAAAUAUUUUCGAUAACGACAACGAAGAAUUGGAAUUUUUCGAUCCGUUAGCCAACGAUGUUAGUAAAUGUUCAACGCCGAUCAAAAACAAACAGAAACGAAGAUACGCGACCGGACGUAAUCGGGUUACUAGAGCCAAAAGUCCUACUCAAAUAAUGCGUAUUAAACGCGUAAGAAGGAUGAAAGCUAACGAUCGAGAACGUAACAGAAUGCACAUGCUCAACGAAGCCUUAGAACGCUUAAGGUGCGUCUUACCGACUUUCCCUGAAGAUACCAAGUUAACUAAAAUUGAAACGUUGCGUUUUGCUCACAACUACAUCUACGCUUUGUCCCAAGCUGUCAACGACAUCGAUAAAUAUUCGAACGGCGGGGAAAAUGUAACCGUAAACGUCGGCAACGUUGUAGUGUCUAUAAGUAAAAACGGUAACAGUAUAACUUCGAAAAAUUUCGAACAAAAAGUAGGACAAGCAGUGGUAACUAGCGGUAGUAUAACGAACGCCAGUUUCAUGCAGGAUUACCAUCAGAAUCCAGAAGUUUACGUCAAUAAUCAGAUUAAUAAUUAUAGUUAUAACGAAUUCGAUUCUUUUUCUAGUCAAAAUUACGAGCAAUAUGGCAACGUCGGAAAUUGUAGGCUGUAUAAUAAUAAUUAUAAUUUUAAUUACGAUUACAGUAACUGUAUGAAAGUCUGA